AUGUCUUUUCGUGGAGACAAGGCGCUUCGGGGGUUCAGGGAACAAUGGGCUGUGUUCAUCGCACCAUUUCGAACUCCCGCCGCCAGCGGCUCCGAUCGAGGCUGGCGUCCUAUAGCGUUGCGUCCACCAUUCCUGGUGGGCCUCGCAUGUUGCAUACUGAGUCUGUUUAUGACCUUGGAAGGCAUACGGCAAUAUAGCAAUCGCCAAGGAGGCCUCGUCUUCUUUUCCGACACGGAUGAUGUCUCCUCACUCCAGUCAUUCUUGUAUAAUUACUUACCCAUUAUCAUCUCCCUUCUGCUCCUCAUGCUUUGGACCGUGACCGAUUAUGACGUGCUUCGACUGGAACCAUAUUUCCAAUUAUCCAAACCCGAAGGCGCCCCGGCGUCUGUUUUGUUCAUCAACUACAACUUCGGUCAAACAAUCCUAACUCCGAUCAACGCCGCACGCCGCCAUCAUUGGGUUGUCUUAUGGGUUUCUAUGAUCACGCUCUCGAUUCGAAUGAUCCUUCCGGCUUUGUCAAGCACGAUGUUUGAGCUUCGGAGCGUCGAUGUAAUUCGACAUGCAAAGAUGAAAAGUUGGCCCAAUCUGGUCGGUCUGGAAAGUCAGGCGAACUGGAUGUCGACGCAGGCAAAUAACUCGAUGGAUUCCGUGGUCGCGGCUGAUGAGCGCGUACACCGCACCCGAUCUGCUGAUUACGCGAUUGCUCCGUUGGAUAUUCCCGCCGACGACAGUGAAGGAGACACGAUUUGGACCAUGGAUCAAACAGUGUACUGGGCUGGAUUGUCCUGUAUCGAUGUACCUGUGGAUAAAUCACUCUCGUCCGUCACAAUCAACCAAACUGUCUCUAGCUCUGGAUAUCCGACCAUCUCAUGGAAUGCCUCGGGUACGGACGUAGAUGAUGACCUUAACAGCUCAUCUACGUGCAUCUUGGAUUUCCAUUACGAUAGUAUCUACUUCCCGGAGACCGAUUAUCUCCAGGUUCGCUACUGGGAACCAGUCGUAUCUCCAUCCGCGGCAUCGGAAUUUCACAAUCGCACACGCGCGUUUACCACCACCGGCUGUGACCCACACGAUAUAUACGGCAUGCUAAUAUCGGUAAAUGUCACCGACAAUAGCUCAUCUGAUCUCGAUUACGCUGCUUCUGGGCUUGCCUUCGCCUGCGACGUCUUCUACCACAAAGCCGAGGCAAGGAUCUCGAUGCAUUCCAACAGCUCCAUCAUGUCUCUCCAAAUCCACCCUGCUACGACCACCACGAUGACCGCCGCAGAGUUCAACAUUGACUACUUCCAGGCCCUGUUGUCGGAGCACUCUCCUUACACCAGUGACAUGUUAUUUAUCAGUGGAAAUGCGACUACUGGGGCUCGUAGAGUGACGGAGCUGCCAGUGAUCAGUGAGGAAAUGGGCGAUCUCGACUCACUUCUAGUAUUAGAUAGUUCGGCCAUCAUGACUCAAUCGGAGUUCGAGGCUCGAAUUCAGCGCGACGUUAAACAAACCUUUGUUCUCACCCUUGGCCGACUCUUCAAUCCGGAUGGCAAACCCACCACGAUCUCUGCAACCAGCACGACAGCUCAAGUCGCGAUCGCUAUCGUGAACUUUGCCGCUUUAGCAUCGGAGCUCAUAUUUGCGUCAGCAGCUCUGACCUCUUUAUAUCUUAUAUUUCUAUAUCGAUCUCGCCAAACGUUUCUGCAAAGUGAUCCUGGGUCAAUUGCUGCCAUGUGCAGCAUCGCUGCCGACGUCCUACAUCCUUCUAAUAUCUUGGCCGACCCUAACAACGACUUCCACCAGUUUUCUACCCGUCAAUUGAACCUCAUCUUCCGGAAGGCUCGUUGUCAUUGGCGACCUGGUCCAUCUGGAAAUCGACUGGAGAUCCUUGCAGAGGAUGGGUCACCAGUGCAGCUUGGGGAAGAUACACGAGUGCGUGUUGAUCGGAUGCCUCACUUUUUGGUGGUCCCAUUCUUCAUCAUUGAAUUUUGCCUCUUGGCCGGCAUCAUUAUAUUGAUGUGUCUCGUAAUCUCCUCACUGGUUAGGGAUGGCAAAUUCAGUCACCUGACACAAUCCGAUUCCAGCUCCCUACAAGUGGUUCUCUCUAUUUUCCCUUCCGUUGUGGCCUCAUCGGUAGGCUCCUUGUGCAGAUCUAUUCACCGCAACAUCAGUAUUCUCGAGCCGUGGGUCCACCUUCAACGGGGAAUGGCCUCCGCCCGGACUUCCCUAUCGACCAACUAUGCCUCCCAGAGCCCCUUCGCAACAUUCCAUAAAUGUGUUCGGGACAGAAACAUUUUGUUGACCUUGGUGACUAUCGCAUGCGUUGUUAACCUGAUGCUGACUGUUCUCGCGGGUGGUUUAUUCACUCAGGAACUGGCAACUUCCACAAUGCCAACAUCUGACUUGAAAAUGAACUAUAGUCAGUCAACGUUAUGGCAGUCGGACUUCUCGGCCGACUUCACGGAGUAUGACUUGAUUCAGACCAGCAUUAUGAGUGGUGUCCCUAUGCUGUCUUGGACAAGCUCUAAUGAGUCUUUCAUCCCAAUCCACAUUGACAAUCGUGACGCUGAUGUACUGUACGAGGCGGAAACUCUUGGGAUCGGGGCAGGAUUGGAAUGUGAAACCAUUUCUCUCGCGGAAGGUCUGGUCCUGAACUCAACAUCGGGCAGCGGCUAUUGGCGGUAUUCCAUGUUCGACAAUAACUCGGUUGAGUGUAUAGCUCCCAUUCCAACGCAGAGUAAAGACGAGGGUAUCGCUCUUUCCAUCCAUUUUCUGUCACCGACCGAUGCGAAUGAAACAACCAUCUGCGAGACAUAUACUGUCCUGGUCGUCGGGCAUUGGGACUAUCUGGCUGGCUCCCCAUUCACCGACCGAAAUACCAUUGCCUUGCAUUGCGAGCCUGAAGUGCGGUUGCAAAACUAUUCCAUCAAGUUCGAUGAACAGGGACAGAUCAAGGGUCACCAAUCGGUUGCCAAUACAUCCAUCUCUCAGGGAACCAUGUACAACAACGCGAGUGUGAGCCUCGGGCAAUUCAACAAGGUCUUCGCUGCUAUUCCCGAUAGCUAUGUGGGCAACACCACGUCAAUCAAUGGGACGUACAAUAUCUCGUCUUACGAUUGGGCCGGAUUUCUUGUUGCGCGUUUGUAUCAGCGUGAAGAUCCUGACUUUGACUCCCUGCAACCUGCUCGCCUCAUCCACCUAACUCGCCAUGUUUACCAGUGGGUUUACAGUACCUAUUUUUCAAUUUGGCGCGAUGUUUAUUUGGAGCCUUUACAACAUCCUGUCCCCGCCAUGCACGCCAAUAUCAUUCAAAGUACUUGGGCUAUGGUUCCGUCAAUGCCAUCCCUAAUUCUUGUCCUCAUUAUCAUUGGCUUCGACACAUUAGUGGUACUCCUUGUAUUUGGAACCCGCCGUGGCCGGUUCCGAGGCCCAAGAAUGCCGCGAUCAAUCGGCGCUAUUAUCCCCUGGCUUGCACACAGUCAUAUGCUAAAUGACUUCAAGACAACGCAUACCUGGACUAACUCCAAACGACGCCACCAUCUUGCUACAUUAAACAAGCGGUAUGGGUUCCGCAUGUUUAUGAACCCGGACGGUCGUUGGCGAUUUUCUGUGGAGGAGGAAUCGCCGUCAAAAUUAUCUGAUGAUUGCCAAGAACCUCAAGGUCCAGAUGCUGAUAAUGCGAUCAAGUCUACCUCCAUUCAGUUGCAGGAGCUGUCUGGCCAGCGACCCGAGGCCCGUAACCCAUCAUCCUGA